AUGAGCGCGCCGUAUCCGAGACAGGCGUUCGCCAAGUCACUGCGACUGGCGCCUCAGUGUAGCAGUCGAAGUACCAGCAGCAGCAGCAGUGGAAAAAAUCCCCCCCCAGACGCACACGUCGUUCUCGUCAUGGGGAAUGUUGCUGCGAAAGAGGCGCCUGCCGCCUCAACGUCAACCCAAGUGCGCGACACGACAACAAAAGCAACCUCAACCGCAAAGGAAACCACAACUGCAACACCAAAAGCAACUGAAACGGAAACAGAAACAGAAACGGAAACCGCACCAGCAACGGCAACCUCGACAUCAACGCCGCCACCAUCCGAGUCACCGCCGCUAUUCCGCGUUCUGUCGGCCGAUCAGCGCGCCGUCACCUUUGACGAGCGCGCGCACCUGCGCGUGGGCGCCCAAGAGCGCGCUGACCGCGUGACGCUCGGCCUCGAUGCCAGGUCGGACUUUCGGCCGCUCCAACGCGCCGCUACGUUCGACCCGCGUCUGCAUGAGCAGAAGACCCCGUUGACAGCGUCGGACGUGCUGCACCGUCGCUUUUUCAACGUGCGCGAGCGCCGCGUGAGCGUCGGUGCCGACCGCAACUUGUUCCGCAUCACGGAGGAUGACACGGAGCGUCAGGAAGCAGUUGUCGUCGUGGAUCCGUACUCGACGGGCAUGACGUUAGCAGAAAAGGCACUCGCGCGGGGGUACGUCUGUCUCUGCGUGUACUCGGACACGCUGGACGUGACCCAAGAGCGCAUUGCCAAGGUGCCCAAGCACUUGACCGCCAGGUACGGAGCCAUCAUCUACCACGACGGCGACGUCGAGAAGCGCGACGAGCACCAGGCGCUGGCCGACACGGCAGCGGCGCUACGUCGCGUCAAGCACGUGGACAUUAUCGCGGUCUUUCCCGGCGCCGAGACGGGCGUCAUGCUCGCUGACAAGCUCUCGGAGCACUUGCAGCUCACGACCAACGGCACGAAAGGGUCGGCUGCUCGACGCAACAAGUACCUCAUGGGCGAGAAAGUACGGGCCGCGGGUUUGCGCGCCGUAGCGCAAGUGCAAGCGACCAAGUGGUCGCAGGUCGAGGCGUUUGUGAAUGAAGAACUGGCGCCGCGACUGGAAGCAGACGAGCGAGCGUUUCAAGUGAUUGUCAAGCCCGUAGAGAGCGCCGGCAGUGACGACGUGAUGCUCUGCUGCUCGAUGGACGAAGUGCGCACGGCGUUUGGGAAUAUCCAAGGCAAGAUCAACGGCUUGGGACUCGAGAACCAAGCCACGCUCGUACAGGAGUAUCUGGACGGGAUCGAGUACGUGGUGGAUACAGUGAGUCGCCACGGCGUGACCAAAGUCGUGGCGCUCUGGGAGUACGACAAGCGCGCGGUGAAUGACGCGCCGUUCGUGUACUAUGGCGUGUUGUUGCGUGCUGCUCCAGACGGUUCCGUGCUGGCCAAAGUGGUGGACUACGUGCUAAAGGUCGUCGAUGCACUGGAUAUUGUGCACGGCCCUGCACACGCAGAAGUGAAGGUGGUCAAGGGGGGCGAACCGUGUCUGGUAGAGAUUGGCUCGCGCUGCCAUGGCGGCUCUGGCUCGUAUCUGCCGAUCGUGACUCCGUGUCUUGGCUAUAACCACGUGGAUGCCGCGUUGGACUCGUACCUGGAUGCGAAAGCGUUUGAAGACUUACCUGAUCGUCCAAAGGAGCUCAAAUCUCAUGGCUGUGAAGCGAUGCUCGUGUCGUAUGAGUCUGGCAAGCUCGUGGGUUACCCCGGGAAGGAGGAACUCGAUAAUUUACCAUCGGCAGUGUCGACAGUGUGGUACACGCACAUUGGACAGCAGCUGGAACCCACGAUUGAUAUGUUCACGACACCUGGAAGCGUCAUUAUGGUCCAUGAAGACGAAGAGCAACUGAACCGUGAUUAUGCACGCAUCCGCGAGUUGGAACACGAGGGUUUGUACGAGCUGGAAAUUGACGCGAAGCCGGAGAAGCCACGCGGCACGGUGGUGAUAGUGGACCCUUUCUCGACGGGCGCGUUACUAGCCCAUGAGCUGAUGGCGAGAGGAUACGAUUGUAUCUGCGUGUACAGCGACCGUUUGGCGAAAAUUGAGGGUGCACGAUUGGUGCCGGAGGGUCUUACGCUAGAGUUUGCAGCGACUGUUGCGUGCAAGGGAAACUUUGAGCAGACGGUGAAUGCCAUUCGUAAGGCUGCGAAGCAAGUUGCCGACCGACAAAUGAAGAGAGAGGACGAUUUGACGGCCGAUGCUUCGGUUUGUGCGGUAUUUGCUGGCGCGGAAGGAGGUGUGAAGUUGUCUGAUGCUAUCGCGGAUGCGUUGGGGCUGAAAGGUAAUCGCAUGGAGCACUCGAAUGCGCGAUGCAGCAAGUAUCUUAUGGGUGAAACCUUGCGGGCUGCCGGUAUACGUGCCGUGAAGCAGGUGAAGGCGAAUACCUGGGCCGAGGCGGAGGCUUUCAUCACUGAGGAUCUGAUGUCAGAGCCUUUUGAAGUGGUGGUUAAACCGUUGGAGAGCUACUGUACUGAAGAUGUGGUGCUGUGUCGAUCGAUGGAGGAAGUAAAGCGUGCUUUUGACGCCGUUCUGGGCAAAACUAAUCGCCUUGGACUCGUGAAUGUAGCAGUGUUGCUGCAAGAGUACCUGGAGGGUGACGAGUAUGUGGUAGAUACGGUCAGCCGGGACGGAGAGCACAAGGUGACGGCUGUAUGGAAGUACGACAAGCGCCAUGUGAAUGAUGCUACAUUCGUGUACUUUGGGUUGACACUGGUACCUGCUGAGGGUAUUGUCAACGAAAUGAUCGACUAUCAGUUCCAAAUACUUGAUGCACUGGGUUUCUGCAACGGACCCGCUCACGGAGAAGUCAAGUUCUGCCGCGGCUCUCCGGUACUGAUUGACGUUAGCUCUCGCUGCCACGGCGCGGAGGGCGCGUGGGUGCCCAUUGCUAACAGUUGCGUGGGCUACAACCAAGUGGCUGCGGCAAUUGACAGUAUGGUCGAUGGAAAGGCGUUUGCCAAGUUGGCUGACCGGCCAGGGAAGCUGCUUGCUUACGGUGGCACAGCCGUGCUCGUGUCGUACAAGAAUGGUGUUCUGAAGAGUAUGCCAGGCAUGGCGGAGAUUGAAAAGAUGCCAGCGUUUUUCAAGAAGGACAUCUUUGUCGCACCAGGGGACAAUAUACGUCAGACGGUGAGCAUGUUUACGGCACUGGGUUGCAUCACGCUCGUGCACAAGGACCGGGUCGUGUUCGAGUCAAGUCUUGCCCGUAUUCGUGAACUCGAGGUCGACGGGCUGUUUGAGCUGGAGUAA